AUGCAUCUCAAUAUACAUUAUUUAUACCCAAAAUUCAGUGAAAUACAGUUUCUAGUUGAUAAACUCCCGGAUAUUGACAUUCUUGGAUUACAAGAAACCUUUCUCAGUGAUGCUUUCUCAAACAAUGAAAUUAGUUUAAAAAAUUAUCAACUUUUCAGGCAUGAUAGACAGUCGAAUGGGGGAGGAAUAGUUUUAUAUGUAAAAUCAAACUUACAUUGUGAAAUUAGAACAGACCUUAAUUCCAGUGAUAUUGAAGCAAUAUGGAUAGAAAUGAAGCUUGAAAAACAAAAACCUUUUAUUGUAGGAUAUAUCUAUAGGCCCCCUUCAUCACUUAAUUCAUGGAUUGAAGAAAUUGAAAAAGUAUUAGAAACCUUAUACGUUGAAAACAAAGAAAUUAUUCUCUUUGGCGAUUUUAACUACAAUUUUAUUAACUCUAUUUCAGUUAAUUCAAAAUGGAAUAAUACAAUAAGUACAUUCAAUUUAAAUCAACUUAUAACACAACCUACUAGAGUCACACAAACAUCCUCAACUAUCAUUGACCAUCUCUACACAAAUCAGCCUCAAAAUAUAUGUGAUAUUAAGAUCCCAAUUCUUUCAAUAAGUGACCAUUUCCCCAUUGUUUUUACCCGUAAAACUAAGGAAAAAAUUAAAAAAGGCCCAUUACAUCUUACUAUCAAUUAUAGAUAUUUAAAGCAAUUUAAUGCAGAACAUUUUUUAGCUGAUCUAAGUAAUCAACCAUGGACAUUGAUUGAUGUAUUUACUGAACCAGAUGAUGCUCUUGACACAUUUUAUGACUUAUUUUUAAAAGUUCUUGAUUCACAUGCACCAUAUAGACAAAAACGAGUAAAACACAAAAACCAGAAUGAAUGGUUCACAGAUGAAAUAGCCAAUGCAAUUCAUAUGAGAGAUUAUGCAAAAAAGAAAAAGAAAACAGAAGAAUUCAAAUACUGGAGAUCACAAGUUAAAAUACUAUCACAUCAAUCAAAAAAAGACUUCUUUAAUCAAGAAAUAAAUUCACAGAAUAAAAAUCCUAAAAAAUUAUGGAAGAACCUAAAAGCACUAUCUGGCAAAACUCACAACUUCCAAACAAACUAUAUAAAUGAUGACAAUGGAAAUCCAGUCUCUGACCCAAAAGAAACUGCAGAAAUAUUCAAUACUUUCUUUUCAAACGUAUUUAAAAAAUCAGGAAAUAUUUCAGCACUGAAUAAAGCAAAUGAAUCUAUUUUAAAAGAAAUGUUAGAAGGUAAAGUUAACUUAGAUGUUCCAGAAUUUGUGAUACCACCAAUUGAACCGGAUCAUGUUAAAAAAACAUUAGACUCACUUGAUGUCAAAAAGGCCACUGGGCUCGAUGGAAUCAGUGGUAGAUUUCUAAAAACUGCAUCUUCUGUAAUAUAUAGACCUUUAUCAACUAUUAUCAAUUUAAGUAUUCAAACAGGAAAAACACAGAAAGUCAGUGUAUCAGGUAAACUGUCAGAAUCUGCAGAAGUUAUAUCAGGUGUUCCCCAAGGAUCUGUCCUUGGGCCCCUGCUUUUCAUUAUAUACAUCAAUGAUCUCCCACUUCAUUUAGAGACCUCAGAAAUAGACAUGUUUGCAGAUGACACCACACUUACAGCAUCAGGACAUUCACCACAAGAACUACAUGAUAAACUUCAAACCAACCUCAAACAU